UCGAAAGUAAGCUGCGAGACGUGGGGCGACCAGCGACCGACGUCGAGCUGUGCUGCAAAGCGGAGACAUCGCUGUCGCCAGAUCUCGCCCGCAGCGACGUUCAAACUAUGUCCAUUGGACCAUGGCGUCGGGACAGUUCGUGGCUAAACUGAACGAGUACGCGCAGAAAAGUCGUCUGACUGUCACGUACGACGACGUGGGCUGUGCUGGUCCCGAUCACAGCAGGACAUUCACCCAAAGAGCAGUGGUAAAUGGUCAAACUUACCCUGAGGGUGUGGGGAAGAGUAAAAAAGAGGCCAAACAGGAAGCUGCCAAACAUGCCCUAAAUGAACUGAUGAUGGAGGGGACUGAUCCACCUGACUCUUCCCAACCAACAGUUGAUAAUCAUCCCCCACCGGUUAUUGAGAAAAGUAUCUCUCAACCCAACUACAUAUGCUGGCUCAACGAGUACAGUCAGAAGAAGAGGGUCGCUUUAAAAGCUAAGGAGUCAACUAAAGUGGGAGUAAAUAAUGUGACCCCGUGCUGUAUGUUUGUGGUUGGUGGUAAGGAAUACCCAGUAGCCUACGGGAAAACAAAGAAAGAAGCCAAAGAAGAGGCAGCCAAAAUAGUGUUUGAUGAGCUAUGUGGCGGUCAAACUACCGGGACUAUGGAGGAGUAUGACAGUUAUCAGUCGAGUGACGAAAAGGAGAACCUGAAUCAAAGUACUUCGGAAAACACAGAGAGGACAAAAAACAUGAGCGUGGACUCAGAACAAACUCACUCCGAGAUAAAUUACAUUGGCAUCAUCAACAACCACUGUCAGAAAUUAAAUUGCAUACCAGAUUUCAAAUUUGUGAAUCGGUGUGGUCCUCCUCACAACCCUGAAUUCAUCUACAAAGUCGUUAUUGGCAAGACGGAGUACCCAGAAGGUGUAGGAAAGAGUGCAAAGGAAGCCAGGCAAAAUGCAGCUCAGCUGGCCGUGUCUGCCAUUCAAGAGCAGUCAAACAGUAGCAGCAAGAUGUCAACUUCGUCUGAAGAUGGUUCACCUAGCAGACUCUCCACAUCCAGCACAUUGGGUUCAACAGGUUCUUUCAGUACACCAUCCACCACAUCUCACAGUAACUCAAUAAUCUUCGCUGAUUCCUCUCCCCCUGCGAGGGGACAGAGUCCUGAUGUGAAGCCUAAAAGAAGACUUGCCCCAAAGUUCUCUUCGGCGGCUGAAAAGCAUGCUGUGAAUCCUGAUGUGAAAGAAAGGGAGAAAGGAAACUGUCCCAGUAAGGAGAAUGUUACCGAGACAACAACCUCAAGGUUUUUAACAGAAUUUGAUUCCAUAGCGCCCGUCGGCAAAGGAGGCUUUGGUACUGUUCUAAAGGCAACACGAAAUCUCGACGGCCGACAUUUCGCUGUGAAGAUCGUGCGCUCUAAACCAAAAGCUCUGCGGGAAAUAGGAGCACUGACAGACCUUCAGCAUUGUAAUAUUGUUAGAUACUACACGUCUUGGCAAGAGGAUUCUAAUUACAUCUGUGACUCUUCAACCCAAAGUUCUAGCUCUUCUCAGUCUAGCAGCAAUUCACCCAGAAAGUACCUCUACAUCCAGAUGGAGUUCUGUGAAAAUGGAACACUUAGAAUAUGGAUAGACAAUAUGAAUGAUUCAGCGCAAAUCCAGAGAAGAGAAGAAAGUUUGUCCAUAAUGCAACAAAUAGUAGAUGGAGUAGCGUAUGUUCACUCCAACAAACUUUUCCACAGAGAUCUGAAACCGGUCAACAUCCUGUUUGGAAAAAACAACAACGUAAAGAUCGGGGAUUUUGGGCUGGUUACAGCCGAGGAUGAUGACAAUGAUGAGAUCCAUAUGGAGCGAACAGAGCGCACAGGAACUCCCUCUUACAUGGCACCUGAACAGAAAAGCCAGAAGAACUAUGACAGAAAGGUGGAUAUAUUCGCUUUGGGGUUGAUAUAUUUCGAACUCCUUUGGAAACUCGACUCCAAAUCAGAAAGAGCAGCGGUCUGGAGCAGCAUCAGAAGUCAAAAUUUACCCCUAGUAUUCCCACAGAAGUUUCCAGAAGAGCACAAACUAAUUAAGUCCAUGCUGUGUGAAAAGCCAGAAAACCGACCAGAAGCAAGAAAAGUGAAGACGAGUUUGGAGAAGUGCUCUGAUGCAAUCAACAGAGAGCCAUCGCAUCACAUAAACAGGACUGUCUGAGUAUGGUCUGGGUUUCAGAAUGGUUACAGCACCUGAGUCAUUGCCGUUUUAACCUUCACAUACUGUCAUAUCCUGUGACACACGUACUUUUACAUGUCUGUUUUUGGAUCAGUUAUCAAUUCAUAUUCUGAUGAAUAACACACGGAGGGUCAUGAAAAAGGGGGGGUGUCUUCAUUUUUCAACAAUAGCAUUAUGAAUUAGGCUUGGGCAAUUGGAUGAAUACAUCUGUAAUCGGCGAUUGCCUGUGUCUAAUUGGCAGUUGUUUUUUGUUUGUUUGUUUUUUUUUUGUGUGAUUUUUGUCCUUUUACUUUGCUAAUUUAAUGGUCUUACCCUCAAGAAUUCAAGUCGGUAAAUAAUUAACCCGUAAAGCACAAUUCAAAGCGUGUGUGAGUAGGAACUGGCAGGUGGAGUUGGGCCAUACGUUGUUGUUGUUGUUGCACAGCAGUGACUAAAUUAUAAUUAAGCCGUCUUCAGCGGUUGCUUUUCGAUUGACUGGUGCUGAAAAGCAACGCCAAGUCAUGAAUCAUAUUUGAGAACUAGACUGAAAACUGUAUGUGCAGUUGUGCACCCUGAUCAUUUCAUAGCAUAGCUAUGUUUUCCCCACCUGGUUGUUCAUGUGGAGGCUGCAGGCAGAGGCAUCUUUUUUUUUCUUCCAAAUCAUGUCAGACAGCUCAUCAGCCUGUCUCUAAAGCUUAUUGCUUAGCGAAGAUCUCAAGGUGGUUUAUUUUGUUUAAUUGAAGAAGGGUAGCCUAUAGGCUGUCUAUGUUUCGGUAAAGUUAGAUUUUCACAUUAACGCUCGUGGAAACUGAUAGUGUUAGAAUCUUUUGCUGGCACUACUCGUUUGCAAAGAUGGCAACUUCAUUUAGGUCCUUCAGCUUGCCGGGUUGCAGUUGCAUCCGGUUUAAAACCAUAAUAAUCCCAAAUAUCCUUUUUCACAACAAGCUCUUCCGUGAUCGCAUUUGCUGAAAAUGGCCGACGUGCACACUGGGGGGGGGGGUAUCGGCAAUCGCCAAUUACUGGGCUUAUGGUGGCCGGUAGGAACAUUUUGACAUAUCGCCCAACUUCAUCAUGAAUUGAACAUGUAGUCGGGCGUGCACUACGGUGAGCACCGUAACUCAUCGGACAGUGUUGUUAUUUUGGUUCUGUACUCUAGCACUUUGAGAUUGAAAUGAUACAUUGAGGUUGAAGUGCAGACUGCCAGUUUUAAUUUGAGGGCAUUUUCAUCCAUAUCAGAUGAACUAUUUAGAAAUGGCAGUACCUUUUGUACAUGCCCCCCCCCCCAUUUGAAUUGGCAUCAUAGAUGUGUUUCGUUAGGUAGGCGUAUUCAUCUGUGUUGUUCGUGAAUGCGGAAGAGAGCCGUUGAUGUCUAGUCUUGAUUCUAGUCCUUGCAAUUGCCUUGGGAUGUUGUUGUUGGGGUGGGUCGAUGCAAAUCAAGCUGGCCGUCAUAAGGCUCGGAAAGGAAAAUCAGUCAAUCAGGAACACUGCAAAAACCCUGGGCAUGUCCAAGUUAUGUCAAAAGACCCGGUAGACCGAGGAAGACCACUGUAGUGGAUGACCGGAGAAUACUCUUUGGUGAAGAAAACCCCUCUGACAACAGCCCGGCAGAUCAACAACAUGCUCCUGGAUGCAGGUGUAGAUGUGCCAAAGUCUACCAUAAUGUAGAAGGCCACACCAGCAGGACUACAGAGGGCACACUACAAGAUUCAAACCACUGAUAAGCCUGAAGAACAGAAAGGCGAGAGUACAGUUUGCUAAAAAGCACCUAAGAGCCCCAGGAGUUCUGGAACAAAUUCUAAUGGGCAGAUGAGACAAAGAUUAACAUGUACCACAGCGAUGGAGAGAGGAUAGUGUGGAGGAAAAAAAAAUGUCCAUGUUCCAAGCAGGGAUGGGCAACAUGAUCCAGAAAGGGCCAGUGUGGGUGCAGGUCCAACCAAGCAGUUACACACCUGAUUCUAUUAGUCAACCAAUAGUCUUUGCUAAGGACCUUGAUUUGUAGACUCGUGUGUGACUGCUUGGUUGGAACAAAGAUCUGCACCCACACCGGCCCUUUCUGGAUCAUGUUGCCCACCCCUGAUCGAAAGCCUACCACUUCAUCCGUGAAACAUGGUGCAGGGGGUGUUAUGGCUCGGGCCUGUACGGCUGCCAGUGGAACAGGCUCACUCGUCUUCGUCGAUGAUGGGACUGCAGAUGGAAACAGAGCAAUGUAUUCUGAAUGAAUUCUACAGAAAUAUUUUAUUUGCUCGGGUAAAGCCAAAUGCCUCCAAACUCAUCGGAUGCCACUUCAUCGUGCAGGAAGACAAUGACCCGAGACAUACUGCUAGAGCAACCAAGGGGUUUUUGACGGCCAAAAAGUGGAAAAUCCUUGACUGGCCGAGUCAAGUCACCGGAUUUGAAUCCAACUGAACAUGCAUUUUACAUGCCGAAGAGGAGACUGAAGGUAAAGUGUCUCCAAAACAAGCAGGAACUUAAGAUGGCUGCAGUGCAGGCCUGGCAGGGCAUCACCAGGGAAGAUACCCAGCUUCGGGUGAUGUCUAUGUAUCGCAGACUUCAAGCAGUCAUUGCAUGCAAAGGAUAUGCAACCAGAUAUAGUGUUUGAUGCCCGAAAAUUGAGGGGGGGGGGCUAUGUACAACAUGUUCUAUAAUUUCUAAACGGUUCAUCCCAUAUGGAUGAAAUUACCCUCAAAUCAAAGCUGGCAGUCUGUACCUCAGAUGUGUUACCGUCCAGUGAAUUAUGGUGCUCACCGUAUGUGAAAGAUUAUGUUUUAACAUCAACAGACAGUGAACAAUCGUGUGGGUCAGAUGAUUAAAUGUCAUGAAAUUAAUGUCGCAUGCUCAGCUUUUGUCUUUUUGCCAUCAGUGUGCUAAGAGCUUGGCUAACUUUAGUCUCAAUAAUACAAAAUUGUGAGUUCGGGGAUCGAACACGGCAUUUGAAUCCUGUGGUACUUCCCGUCGAGGUUCACAAAAGUUGUUACAGUAGCAAGUCUGCAAAGAGGUGCCCAACCGUAGAUGGCAUGUUUUUAAACGUGUUAAAUCUAUGACAGCAACCCUGAAAUCAGCUUGAAACGCCUCCUAACUAAAUGUGCUGCUCGCUGCCCAGUGCGCUGAUACCGAAUGAAACGUCCGUAUUCAAGCCGAGGAAGUCAUUUUGCAAUUUUUCAUAAUCGUUUUUCCACCAUUUAGGCCAAGUGUCAACAGGGUAACAGUAUUUCAUCAGUAUACGGUCAAAUAUGUUUUGCCACACGAGGGCGCUCUUCUCUUUUUUGUUGCAUUCAUUAUGUCACGCUCAGUUUGACGCUGUUGAUGAAUGUCCAUUUCUGGAUGAGGGAGACAACUGGGCAAAAUAAAAAUAUUAAAACCAAA